CGUGGAGUAUGAAUAAUGGUCUGAUUUUCGCACGACGCUUGUUUUGUUGCAAAUUACCGAUAGUUUUCAGAAGUCGCCAGAUGUGGUGGAAGGGACCUUUACAGAAUUCUUUCAGUAGAAUUAAUUCUUUGAGCAGGUCCAGAAAAGUUAUCCUGUUUAUUUUGUUGCUGUUGUUGUUCCUGUAUUUCCUUGGACCAUAUUUUUUUCGGACACAGACAACACAAAUUAAUCUUGAUGUACUGGACAGUUGUGUAGAAGACAAGGUCCGGUAUUUUCAUAAAGCCACUCAGAGUUUUGAUGCCUUUGUGAACAGCCCUGGAGUAUCAGGAGCAGAAGGGCGUCACUAUCCAGCUUAUGUUGGUAACGGUCAUGUGGCUGCAGCCCUGGGCAGUAGUAAUGGAUUGUUUGUACGCCUCAAUAGAGCACUCUCCCUCCCAGUCAAGUUCUACCCCAUCGUGUCAGCAUUUAUGGAAAACACACCACCUGUGAAAGAAGUGACAGCUUUACACAUCAAAUCUGGGAUUGCUUACAAGAUACAAACAAUUCAUGUUGAAUCAGGAUGGACUGGUUCCUGUGUUUCCAUUGGAACACAGUUGUAUGCCCACAGGUCAAGGCCAUCUGUGCUUGUGCAAGAUAUCAAACUUUCUAACCCAAGUAAAAAUCAAGUGGUUGUAGACUUGGACCAGAUUGGAGAUUCUGGAUGGGAGGGUGCCAAAUCAUCUCUGAAAAGUGCUAAGAACAAUGUUGGGGAAGAUGUCCAGUACAGUUUGACCUCUGGGGCAGUCAGUAGCCAGGAGUCUGGUUAUGUCUCAUAUGUCACUGUGGCAACGGUCAAACUACCAGAAAAGUUCAUCAAAAUCCAGGCAGGAAAAACUAAAAUGUUACAUGUGGUGACUGUGGUACACUAUACUGCUCCAAUGCCGAAGGGUAUGAGGGAUCCCAACCUUGUCUUCAAAGACCUUGAGGAAAAAGUGGACAAGGAUAUGUUAGAAGUGUUGAAAAUGGAUGCCACUGGCCUGAGGGAGGAACAUAUCCAUGUUUGGAAUAAAUUAUGGCAGAGUGGGUUUGGAAUCAGCUACUCGAAGGCCAGCGGAGCUUUAAAUGGUGACAAGAUCAACUCCACUAUGUAUUACGUGAUGAGUAAUAUCCCUGCACCUCUUCACAGUGUCACCUCUACACAGAAAGAGCGUACAGAGAUAUACCGCACACUCCACUACCCAGACAGGUGUUACGGAGGUCAUUCAACUCUUCAUGCCAACACUCUGUGGGUGGAUGUGUCAGACGAAGAUGACAUCGCCAGAGUAACCACAACAUGGAUGAUCACGUUAGAGAAACAAGGCUGCUCUGUCAUGGUGAAAGCAGGUGCUGAGGGUGUGAUACAGGCUAUGGUGUUGAGCCUUGGAGCAUUAAGAUUUGCUAAUGAUCACCUGGAAUUUGCCAUGGAGCCCAAGGACCUACAUCGGGAUCUGUUUUUCCACAGAAUUAACUAUGGGAAUAAUACACACGUUAAUGUGUCCGUUAUAGUUGGUGAAGACAACAGGGCUAAUAUAUACGUGGCCCUAGAUCGUAAUGAUCGACCAUACUAUGCUUGUGAUGCUGGCUGUAUUGAUGCCCCAGCAGCUCUCAGUAAGGAGCUGAAGCAGUUCCCAGUGAAACAGACUAAGCCACUAACUUCCAUCUUGUACAUAACAGCUGACAAAAUUCACAUGGAGGAGCUCAAACAUGCCAUCCACGUGGAAAACAUAGUAGAAGCACCAGCCCAUGAGCAUCAUGUGAUUGCCCUCCACAAGCAUGGCCAUCACUUUGGGGGUCUGCCCACCAUAUUCUGGGCGUCCAUUGCAUUCCUUGUCAUCGUGUUCCAUAUGUUCCUGUGUAAACUGAUAUAUAAUGAAUACUGUGCCGGCCAGGAUCGCUUCAUAAGAGGUCGUUACAAUGUAUAACACAUGUAGGCCCCUCUUGUAGGGGCACUUCACUAAACAUUAUGCUUUAUAUCAUACCAAUAUUUUGGAGACAUCCAUUUUUUUGGCAAAAUUCUUUUUCAUAAAACAAAUAAGGAAUGAUAACAUAUUUGUGUUAUGUGGAUGAAACAGAGACUGAACUUUUUCAAUAUUUUGAAGGACUGAAUAUUUAUUUUCCUGACAAAAAAGAAAAAAAACUUCAUUAAUUUCACUCAUUGUUCAGUUUGUUUGGCCACAUCACACAUCAAAAAGUUUCUCAUCACACAUCAAAAAGUUUCUAACAUGUUUAUUGAGUUAUAACAGAUGAACUGAAUUGACUGCAUUGUAACAUAUAUAUCACUGGGUUAAUUCAGUACCUUUUUCUUCAAUCAGGGUUGGCGUUGGAUAUUUUAUAAAAUUAAAUUGGCCCUGCUGUAUAUUUUGAAAAGCAAUCUCAAAAAUAACUGGGUUCCUUUUUAUUGAUGUCUAUGCUUCUAAGGGCUGUGGGGAUGGCUCUGACGUAAACUCUGUGAAUCAAAGAUACAAACAUGGUGAUAAUAUUUGAUCAACCCUGAUAUCCUAGAACUAUUCUGAUAAUGUUGUGAUUAUGUAUAGGGUUUGUUUACUGUCGUUGUGAAUCCUACUACCAAUAAGGAGGGUUUCGGGGAUGAUGACAGGUGAUAUACCAAAAGUAAGAAAACCUCAUCAAUAUUUGGAUUGGAUGCUGUGCUGGAUUCUGAUAUCCAUACUGUGUCCUGUUUUACUGUGAGAUCAGUUUUACGAAUCAGAUGUAAAUAUGGUUUAUUUAAAUAGUAGAAUUGUGACUAUGUUGACAUAUUAGUAUUUUGUUGUUGUUUUCUAUCAAAUACAUAUUUGCUUAAAUGACACAGUAAUGUAAAUACUUGUAAUUUAUGAUAUUGAUGUAAGAUUUAUGACGAUAAUUAAGACGAAUAUUGACGUUAUUUAUAAAAAUAGUAACACAAAUAGUUAAUUCAGAAACAGAGAAAGGAUCCUAUGAUUGUAGCCAUAAAGACAACAAUGGGAGAUAUAAACAUUGUUUAUCCAAUACAUAUCACCAAUUGCUGAUUUCACACAACAUAUUUAUCCCACAUAGACGAUAUGCAUUGGAAAUAGUAAAGGUGGACAGGGAUAGUUGUCUUAAAGCUGAAAUCUCUUUUUUCUACCAACACUGUUAUGCAAUCGCCACAAUCAAUAAGAUCAAGAUAAAACUUCAUUGGUUAUAUUAUAAAACCAUAAAAGUUGAUUAUCUCAGGUUAAGUGUAUUGAUGAUUGACCUGAAGUUGACUUAUCUAACACAAGCUUCAUCUCCUGAUCAAUCUCUUAGGGCAAAUAUUCAUACAAGCCUCAUCUCCUGAUCAAUCUCUUAUAGCAAAUAUUCAUACAAGCCUCAUCUCCUGAUCAAUCUCUUAGGGCAAAUAUUCAUACAAGCCUCAUCUCCUGAUCAAUCUCUUAUAGCAAAUAUUCAUACAAGCCUCAUCUCCUGAUCAAUCUCUUAGGGCAAAUAUUCAUACAAGCCUCAUCUCCUGAUCAAUCUCUUAGGGCAAAUAUUCAUACAAGCCUCAUCUCCUGAUCAAUCUCUUAUAGCAAAUAUUCAUACAAGCCUCAUCUCCUGAUCAAUCUCUUAUAGCAAAUAUUCAUACAAGCCUCAUCUCCUGAUCAAUCUCUUAGGGCAAAUAUUCAUAUAAUACCUUUUCGUCAUUCACUUUCUAUGGAAAGAAAUGUUUUAUCAUUGUAACAUGGGUUGUUUCUACCAUCAGCCAUGAUAAGGUAAAUUGUUUAAGCUGUUCAUAAUCUUCAGUAGACAAAGUCUGAUGCCCUAUCUUAUUAUUCUGAAAUAAACAUUGACAAUACUUUUAAAAAAAAAUAGUAGAAAUAAUUAAACUUUUCUAGAGGGGUGUUAACACAGUGCAGUUGCAGUUAAAACUUGCUUGAAAGUGUGAAAUGUAUUGAUUUUGAAUGUAGCACCCAGUACUCAUAUGAUUGCAUUAGUAGUGGAAGAAAGAUUUAAAACAUUAACAUAAUUGUUGGAAGUAGCAGUUUACAUAUACUGAGUAUAGCUAAACAAAGUAUUAUCUGUGUAAAAUUUACUUGAUUUGUUCAGAGAAGUUGUUAAGAAGGGGAAUAUUUAGCAGUCUCACUGUGUUACAGUGUUUCUUGAUAGUCUCACAGACUUCCCAACAUUAGAGAAAAAUUCAGGUUCUGCUGCCCCUGUUGUGACCCCAGGGAUUUAAUUUUGUUGGUUUCAGUGCUUUAUCAAUAUUGUCUUUGUAGUCAUAUUUUGUGUUUUUAUGAUGACAAACAGAAAACCAUUUGUUAUUACUUACAUAAGUAGUACCCAUUACGAGGCAGACAAGAUCCUGUUCUAUUGUAGAACUAUGACUAAGUAGUAAAGCUACACAAGUUCAUUAGAUCACACACUGAUAUGUGUCAUGUUAGAUUGUAGAAAAUAACCUUCACAUGUAUGGUCAUCUUUAUAGGUAUUUCUUUCUGAAAUAUUUUGUGGUGGAAAAUGCAUUUUUGCUGCUAGUGCAACUUAACUAUGAGUUUUUGCUGUGUUUUGUCUGUGUUGUGUAUGAAGGUAUAUAUAUAUAUAAACAGACACUGCUGUAGAAGUCUGGUAUAUUAAGCUGUGGUAGCCAUACAUAACCCAUGACUCAAAGUAGGAAGACUGGUUUAUUUCAAUACACUGAUAUAACAGUUGUUGACAUUGUAGAACAUUUUCUUUGGGUUGGUAAUGUCAAUAGAAUAGGAGUUGUUAUAACACCAGUAAGAGAUUUAAGUGUGACAUUUUAUCUUUACCUCCAUACACAACACAAGACUAUUUCAAUGAAGAUGGCCAGGUAGUCAUGGAAAUGCUUUAAUUUUCUACUGGUUUUAUUAUAAGAAUUUCUUGCAGUUGUUAACCGUUUGACUGAAACUGCAAUUGGAUUUGGAUGAGCUUACUGCCAAUCAAUCAAGUGGUGUGCAUAUGAAACCAUUUAAGUCUUGAAGUGUGUCUGUGAUUUGUAUUUUAUGACAUUACAAUAUUAAGAUGUUUACUUCAGAUAUCGUCAUGUGAUAAUCUAAGAAAUCCACAAAAACAACAUCCAGGCUCCCCUUGUUAGCAAAAUACUGAUCACUUAAGUAUUUCCCCUUAAUAGAAUUUUACUGUGAGCAUUUUCAAAAAAGCUUUCAAGGUUUUCCAUAGUGGUGUCAUCAACCAUGGCAAAAUUGGAAACAUAUACAAUGUUUACUAUGCAUGUUUAUGGAUAUGUAUUUUGUAGAUAUAAGCACAAACACAUAAAGUAACGUGUUUAUAAUAGAAAAGGAUACAAAACAUUGGUAAGGAUGAUGGGACUAUUUAUAGAGAAAUGUUUGUGAGGACAUUGUUUAAUAUACCUAGAUACCUAAUGUAUCAUUGUUAUAUGUUAAUGACAUAUUCCUGGGAACUUCAAAAUAUUGUAGCCAUGGAAAUUCAAGCACUUUUAAUUGUUGCAUUUUUCUUGAAGAUUUUUUAUAAGUUUUUCUCAGUAUCAAAUUAAAGUUUGUAAACUAGCCAGAUCAAAUAUUUAGGUAAUGAUAAUGUUCCUGGGAUUUAUAUAUAUCAGUAAUAUGUAAAACUAGGCUGUUGAAAUAGCUGCCAGUCAGUAAUUGAAAACCAACUGUUAGUUUAUCAGAAUGUAUUGUGCUUACCGUUAUACACAUGGCACUUGGUAUCAUCAGAUUUGUGCUUGGCCUUUAAUUAGAAUUUAAUAAGACAUGAAAGCAUUAUGAAGUGAGGUGUAUCUGACGUCAGAAUUUGUUCGAGGUAGAAUAAAAAUAGGAAAGUUCUUAGAAGUGCAGUGUAUUCCAUGAAGACCAUCAUUUAUCAUCACUUUUCUUGUUUUCUCAUUAAAUUUCAUUAGACAUUGCCUACAUAAGGAAGAACACGUCCAGCUUGUCACAUGCAGGAAUUUUUUCCUUGGUGCCUGAUGUUUCUGAGAGAGAUAAGUUGUCUUUGAAUUAGAUUUAAGAUGCUUUAGAAGGAACUAAUGAGUGAUAAUUAUCUUCAAUAUGUUUAAUAAAUACUUACUGUACUUUCUUUGUUACUCGGAUACAUUAUCAUAUCAAUGUCAUUUUACAGAAAAAUUCAUUUUACAGUUAUCCAUAUGUGUAUCAUGAUAUCAUAUAUUGUAAGUUUCAAUGUGUGAAUGAACUGUUAUUGAUCACCAGUGUGAGAAUGUCUGUCUGUAGUGGGGUUACAGUGUUGGGUGUAAAAUAGACAGUUUAAGUGACAAUUAAGUAGAGGCUGUUGCUGUCUCUGUUGUUAACAUUUUACCAAGUUGUGGCUGUUAUGAAAGGUAUCUUUAUAUCUGAAUAUUUAACUGAAUGUCCUGUUAUUUUAACAGUUUAAAAAAACUCUGGUCAAGAAUCUUCUAACUUAAACAAUGGAAACUACGAGAAUGAAAAAGAGCAAAGCUCUCCCACUGCCGAUCCUUACAGUUUCAAGGGCAUUUAAUAUAUCAACCCUGGAGAGAUAUAUAAAUAUACAAGUUUUUUUUUCAUGACAGACAAAUUAGAGGGUUUUAAAACCACUACACCACAAGGUAAUAAGCAAUGUCCAAGCAUGUUUCCAUUUUAAUUUUGAAAUGUCUUCAUUGAUGUUCGCAAGAUCAUCAAAUAAUUCCUUUCCAGGUAGCGGAGUUUAACGAGUUUAUGACUGCUGUACUCAUGUACAUACUGAUUCGGGGAAAAUGUGGAAGCUUGUCAAGAAAGUAGAGUUAUAUAUUAUCAUGUUAUUUAUUGAGUGUGUUUUGUGGAUGUUAAAUGUAAAUGUUGACAGGAUACAUGGACACUACUUCAGUGUUUUGUGGACGUUAUAUGUGAUUACUGACAGGAUACAUGGACACUACUUCGGUGUUUUGUGGAUGUUAUACGUGAUUACUGACAGGAUACAUGGACACUACUUCAGUGUUUUGUGGAUGUUAUAUGCGAUUACUGACAGGAUACAUGGACACUACUUCGAUGUUUCUUUGACACUAUGUAUGUGACGAGCGGAAGUAAUUAGUGUUGUUGAUUCUUUUGUGUACUUUGUGAUAUCAUAUUCUUUUGUCUCCAAGAAAAACUAUACUUCAAAUUUACACCAUAUGAAAACAGAAAAGUUCUUCAGUAAAAAUAUUUUCAUGAUACAAUAUUCACUUUAUUUUUAUUCAUGAAUGGCAGUGAUCAUUUUAUCCAAAGCAUUUGGCAUAAAUGUCUCGCCCAAGGACACGUUGACAGCAGCAAAGGAUUCAGUUCAGAACAGUCCAUGAUAUCAGUAUCCUGAGAAACACAAAACACCCAGUAGGUAUUGUUGAACCAUACACCCUUGUAUAUGAUGUGGUACGAAUGUUUUGAAAAUUGCACAACUUAUGAACACUAAAAAUGACUUUGAAAAUUCUUUUUCUUAGAGACAAUGGAUGUUAACAUGUUAAUAAUACAGGCCUUGGAGGGGUAACUGGUUUAUGUACAGCUGUGGGAACUUUGACUAGCAAUGUAAAUAUAUACUUAUUUUUAUAUCCAGGGAGUUAAAAAUUGAUGUUUGUAUGAUAGUGCUAAAGUUAUCAUGGAUGCUUCACAUUGUUUGUUGACUAGUAGGGAGUAAUAUUCUCCAUCAGGUCACUCACAUCACAAAGACAAGUUUUGAUCAAUUAAGGAAAAUAUGCAAAUAAUAACAAAAACAAAAAAAAACAAUAAAAAAAAAACACAAAAAAACAAAAGAAAAAUACUUGGAAUGAUUUUUUAUUGAAAUUCAUUUUUAGUCAACAUUCUUUGUGGAGGGUCUGUGAUAAUAUGUGGUUGCCUGUUCUGUGGUUCAGAUAGAUUGUGUGAAUGGGUUUUCAAAUUAAUGAUUAAUUUUUUAUCUAAUUUUAAUCAAUAAAAUGACACAAUUCUAA